CACGCGCUGCAGCACCACUUUUUCUAUUCCUGCCAUUUCUUCUUCUGCUCGUUCAGCGGCGGGAGGCACGAGACGCUCCGUCCUCUCAUCACAGACCGGACGGACGGGGACGCGGGGCGGCAGUGCGCGCGGGGCACGCUCUCCAACCAAACAAAAAAAGAGGGAGCAGCGGGUCCGGAUCUUUGGCUCCAUGCGGACCGGACUGACUCAUCCAUGAAGCAGGAGAUCAUGGCGGAGGGUCCCCGCUGCAAGAGGCGAAAACAGGCCAACCCCCGCAGGAAGAACGCAGUGUUGAACUAUGAGAAUGUGGUGGAGACCGCGUCAGAGACCGACGAGGAGGACAGGACUCUGGUCUCUGAGGAUGGCAUCCUCACUAAUGGAGGAGGAGGAGGAGGAGGAGGAGGAGGAGGAGAAGGAGGAGGGGAUGAUGAAGAGGCAGGCAGUCUGGUCGGCGUUCCAGCUCUGGAGGUGUCACCCCGGGUCGCUCAUGCCUUGCUGUCCUACCAGGAGUCCUCUGAGGGCCGGGACCAGAACCCCUGCUGGAGGCUGGGAGACAUGGACACACACCUGAACAGUUCAGACGACAGGAAAGAGGACUUUAAACCUUUGGAUCCGGAGGCGUCCCUGCAGGCUGUGGGGAAUGGGACAGUGAAGCGACUGGAAGGCGUCUCCGAGCUGGACGAGUACUUCCUGAAACGGAAACUGGAGGACAGUGAUGGUCACCCCGCAACCAUCGCCGAGUAUCUGCAACGCAGCGACACAGCCAUCAUUUACCCAGAAGCCCCUGAGGAGGUGACCCGACUGGGGACACCCGAGGCCAUCGGACAGGACGAGAGUGAACAUGACCUGCUGUCGGGUACAUCUGAUGACUUUGCCCAGCUACUCACCUGUCCGUACUGUGACCGCGGAUACAAGCGUCUGACGUCUCUGAAGGAACACAUCAAAUAUCGCCACGAGAAGAACGAGGAGAGCUUCGGCUGCCCGCUGUGCGCCGAGACCUUCAGCCACCGCACGCAGCUGGAGCGUCACAUGACCUCGCAUAAACCCGCCAUAGAGCAGACGCCGCUGCUCAGUGAAGCCGCUGGAAACCGCAAGUUCAAAUGCAGCGAGUGUGGAAAAGCCUUCAAAUACAAACAUCACCUGAAGGAGCAUCUUCGAAUUCACAGCGGUGAGAAGCCGUACGAGUGCUCAAACUGUAAGAAGAGGUUCUCUCACUCCGGCUCCUACAGCUCUCACAUCAGCAGCAAGAAAUGCAUCGGCCUUAUUGCCGUCAAUGGAAGAAUACGCAAUGGGAACAAUGGCAAGCCUGGCUCCUCCCCCAACUCCUCCACCUCAUCACCUGGAAGCCCCGCCCUCGCCCAGCUCCGCCACAAACUGGAAAAUGGGCGACCCCUCUGCCCUCCAGACCAGCAGGGUCAUCUGGACAUCAAGGCUGAGCCCUUGGACUUUAACGAGUACAGAAUGCUCUUGGCUUCCCAGCACGGGUAUGGAGGACCAGGGGUCUACCUGAAUGGACGUGGAGGAAGCCCACUGGGUAUCCAUAGCUCCUCCCAGAGCCCCCUUCAACACCUGGGGGGCUUGGGACUGGACUUUCCUAUGCUGGGCUACGCAGGGGCUCUGGGGAACAACCUGAGCGAGGUGCAGAAAGUGCUCCAGAUCGUAGACAACACAGUAUGCAGGCAGAAAAUUGAUGGGAGCCCAGAGGAGAUCUCCAAGCUCAGGGCCUAUAUGAAGGAGCUGGGGGCCCAGAUGGAGGAGCAGAAACUGGCCCAGGCCAGCUUCCAGGUGGUGGGCAACGGCAGUCCCACAAAGAGCAUCAUCGACUACACGCUGGAGAAGGUAAAUGAGGCCAAGAACCUGAUUGACGACUCCAAGAGGCAAGUGGACAUCAAGAAGGAGAGGCCAAACAACUCAGUGGAGGAGAAAUCCCACGAAGUCCAAAACCAGUUCCUGCCGUUUUCCUGCCAGUUCUGCAGGGAGACUUUCCCCGGGCCCAUCCCCCUGCACCAACACGAGCGCUACCUGUGCAAGAUGAAUGAGGAGAUUAAAGCAGUCCUUCAGCCAGCUGAGACUAGCCCUGCCGACCGCAGGAUGUCCUCAGAGCUGUCCAGUAAUGAUCGGGCCACUAGUCCCAUGAACCCCUUCAAAGACCAUGUGUCAGUGCUCAAGGCCUACUUUGCCAUGAACACUGAGCCCAACUCAGAGGAACUGCUUAAGAUUUCAAUUGCUGUAGGCCUCCCUCAAGAAUUUGUUAAGGAGUGGUUCACCCAGUGGAAGAACCAAAAUCACAGAGGCAGUCUGAGGAAAAAGUCGCCCCCUCCUGACCACGGAGCAUCGGACGUCAACCCCAGCAUAAGCCGGUCUCCGAUGUUAAUUCCUGCCUUAGAGCUACAUGGAGGUUUCACUAACGGACUCAGGGCCAACCAGUUUACAGCCAACAGGCAGACAAUAGGAGAUAAACCACUAGAUCCCUUGGACCACUUAAGGAGCGACACUCCAUCACCCCUCAACCUCUCCUCCACCUCCUCCAAAAACUCUCAGAGUAGCUCUUACACUCCAAACAGCAUGGCUUCAGAGGAAACCCACGGGGACAUACCACUGGAUCUGUCUCUGCCCAAACACUCAGCACAGAGACUCAUCUUCCUAGGGGAGAAACGGUCUAGGCCCAACGGCUUCAUCAUGGAGCGCAAUGGUGAGGCACAGGGUCGGGAACAGGUCUCAAGGCCCUUGGAUCUGGCCAACAUCAAGAAGGAGAUGCUGGGCUCUGAGGGUGGAGGGGGCUCCGUCCAUCAGCUGGAGAAAAGCAACAGUCCAAUCUUUGGGAUUAACCCCUUCACUGGUGGUCCUGUCUACACCUCUCUACCACCACAUGGAGCGUUUCCUCCUCCCACCUUCAUGUCUCCUGCCCAGGCCACCAUCACAGGCCUCAGGUCCUACCCGGGCCUCGACCCCAUGAGCUUCCUGCCCCAUAUGGCCUACACCUAUGCCACGGGGGCAGCCACAUUCGCUGAGAUGCAGCAGAGGCGAAAGUACCAACGGAAACCUGGGUUUCAGGGGGAGCUGCUGGACGGGACGGCGGACUAUCUGUCAGGCCUGGACGACCUGACAGACAGCGAUUCGCUGCUCUCCAGGAAGAAGAUUAAGAAGACUGAAAGUGGUAUGUACGCGUGUGACUUGUGCGACAAAACAUUCCAGAAGACCAGUUCCCUCCUAAGACACAAAUAUGAGCACACAGGUAAACGUCCUCAUCAGUGUCAGAUCUGUAAGAAGGCGUUCAAACACAAACACCACCUGAUCGAGCACUCGCGCCUUCACUCCGGAGAGAAACCGUACCAGUGCGACAAGUGCGGCAAACGCUUCUCUCACUCGGGCUCAUACUCGCAGCACAUGAACCACCGAUACUCCUACUGCAAGAGGGAGGCGGAGGAGCGCGAGGCUGCGGAGAGGGAGGCCAAAGAAGGAGGAGCAGAAGCAGGAGGAGGUCUGGAGCCCACUGAGCUCUUGAUGAGGAGGGCAUACCUGCAGGGCCUGAGGCCGCUUGGAUACUCAGACCCUGAGGACCAGCAGGAGGACGGUAUGAUCCUGAGGGAGGACAGCGAGGGAGGAGGAGGAGGAGAAGGAGGAGAGGACAGGGAGCUGGAGGAGGUGACAGACCGACAGGAGGCAAGUUUCAGGGAAAGAGAGGGGGAAGAGGAGGAGGAGGGAGGAGGAGACAGCAGAAGGAGGAUGGACUCGACGAGGGACGAGGAGGUCAAAGACAUGAUGAUGGACGAGAGUUCACGAGAAGGGAAGACGGACGUCAGGUCGGACCAGGACGGCUGAUCAGCUGAUCCAGGUCAGACUGAAAGCUCUGAGACACGCUGGAUGACUCAGACAGAAGGGACUUUUAUUCUGAAAGGACUGUACAUUCAUUAUCUGGGGGGGUCGGUCAGGUGAGCAUUCAGGCUAACCUGUGGGAACACAAGAAGAGCCAGAUGUGACAUCAUAAAGGUGUGUUUACCCAGCAACAGGAAACGCUCCCUCUGAGCGCAGUGACCUGUGACCUUUGACCUGUGAUCUUUGAUUUAUCAGGUUCAACCUGACGCACAGAUCGGAGACGACUCCUGUCAGCUCUGAACAUCUUACUCUGAGGUAUUUACAGCCAGAGGACGUGUGGAGCAGGGCAGCUUCCAGCACCAUGAUGAUCGUAAUAAUAAUAAUAAUAAUAAUAAUAAUAAUAAUAAUAAUAAUGUAGUCUCUGUAGUUUAGCGGCCAUGUGUCACUGCUCAGGUCAAACAGCACUCAGACUGACUCAAAGGUUGAAACAUGCUGAGGUCAGCAGCUCGGGCUCACAGCAUUAUUGAUCUUCUGAGCGAUCAGGUUAUCAGACUGUGAUGAGGCUGAAGGUCUGAACCUGAACAUUCAAACGUCACAGGUGAAGAUGAGUCUCUGAUUCACGUCUUUAUCCUCAUCAGACUUGGAGACCCCCCCCUUAUGAUGUUGGUACAGUCCGUACUCGUAGAGUGGACGGCGGCCGACAUCCCGUCGUGAAGCUGGGUGGGAUUUUUAAAAAAUCCACAUUAUGCAAAAAAAGAAUGAGAGGAAUGAUGAAGAGGAUGAUUUUAAAGAAGCUGUUUUUAAUGUACAGUAUUAUAAAGGCCUAAAAGCUGUGUGGUGCUAAAAUGUUCUUAACUUCCUGUGUCUCGUGUGUUUGAAGCCCCACAUCAGGAAAUUGCACUCUUCCCCGAAUCACUACAAAAUAAAAGAGAUAAAAAAGAAUAAAGAGGGAAAGCCCCGCCCCCUCUGUGUUAUCGUUGUACUUGUCUCCUUUACUGUGACCUUUUUUAUUUUCUUCCUGUUUUAUGAUUUCUGCCGACUAACCACUCGACUUUGGGCGUCCUGAUGUGACGUGUGACUUCCUGUGAGGGAACAUUUGAACCUGUGUGGUGUUGAAGCGUUAAUGUGAGUCUUAAAGCCGAUGGAGCGAGUGAUGAAGGGCUCCACUUUAAAAAGAUAAAAAGGAUAGAGCCUUUUUGUGUGUUUUUCUCCAGAGAAAGCCUUAUAUGCAAACCUCUCACCUGUGCGUUUCUGCAAAGUGCCAUCCCUGUACAGUGUACACACCUGUCCUCUGCUUACUCUAAAGAUAAUACGACAUCUUGUUUUGAUCUGUCAGUGUUAGCCUAGCUAGACGCAGUUUGUUAGUUUACAUAUGUUUGUGCAAUUCUCUGUAUUUUGCUUCCAUGACAGUAUUCCUCGUCAGUAUUACUUUUCUGUUUUGUUGAAUUUUCCAACACAAAUUUCAUUUUUGUUCUUAUUUGAGAAUUUACCAUUUUAUUUAUGUGACUCAUUUUAUAUUUCCUAAUUGUAUUUAUUUCAUACUGUAGUGUACAGUAUUAGAGUUCCUCACAAAUAGAUAUAUUUUAGUAAAUGGACACUGUCAUUGACGAUUGGAGCAGAACUCUGAGUAGAGGCAUCGACAGAAAAUUCACGUUUCUGUUUGUAAUUUUUUUUUCAUUUGAAACCACUGGAACAAAAAAUUCUAAAUUUGGGGAACUUUUGAUACGCUGAUUGUUGUGCAACACUGUAUUUUUAACGAGUAUAAAACCCACUUUAUUCAUCCUGCUGGAGGAGAGAGACGAAGGACUGAUGAUGGUGAAGGUGAUGAUGAUGAAUUCCUUAAAUGUCUGAAGUAUUAUUGUUGAAUUUUUAAUUUGUCUUGGAAAUGGCCAUGCUCGAAUAAAUGUAGCCAAAAUAAAUUUUAAUAAAAAUGUGUUACUCUUCUUGUAA